GUCUUAGACGCCUCUAUUAGGCAGGAAUGGUUAGACCUAUGCCUCUCUACUAACACAACACAAGCCGGGUCUGACAGCUCACUCUUGGCCUUUUGAGCACGCUGCAGUCGGCGCUUAUGUCUUCUCCGCUCUCCAACGUAAAAAACCCUUAUACCGCAACCAUGUUUGAGACAAGCAGUGAUGACCUGUUCCUACCUGCUUACCAUGAGGAGCUGGUGGACAACCUGCUAUCCAGUGAAGAGUCUGAUGGUGACAGUGGUGGUGAGGGCCUGUCCCUGGCCAAGGCCCUGCUGCCUCUGGUGGAGUCCUCCUCCCCUCCACUCAUCCCUUUUGUGUGUUCCACCCGCUACAAGACUGAGUUGUGCACCAGCUACUCUGGCUCUGGUGUCUGCAAAUACGCCGACCGCUGUCAGUUUGCCCACGGUCUCCAUGAGCUCCAUGUGCCCUUCCGACACCCCAAAUACAAGACUGAGCUGUGCCGAAGCUACCACACAACAGGCUACUGCUACUACGGCAGCCGCUGUCUGUUUGUGCACAGCCCCGAUGAGCAGAGGCCCUGUGUGCGCCGCAAGAGGAAUGUCCCCUGCCGUACUUUCAGGACCUUUGGCGUCUGUCCCUUUGGCACCCGCUGUAACUUCUUGCAUAUUGAGGGUGGAGAGAUUGGAAGCAGCCUGACAGACUCCCAUGAGGCUGUAGAGAAGGCCCCUAACCCUAUGGCUCAGAGUCCUGCCAGUCCCCAGGUACAGCCCCAGUCCAAGGAUUGGAGGCCCAGAGGAGCAAUCUGCCGCACUUUCAGCUCCUUUGGCUUUUGCUUGUAUGGUACACUCUGUCGCUUCCAGCAUGGCCUUCCCAACAAACUCUCCGGCACUGAGCCCAGUCCAGGCCUGUUUGGCUCCAGGUCCUCCCAGGGCAGCAGUGGCCUUCCUUCUCCCUGGUUCACAUCUUCCCCAGGCUCUUCAGCCUCCUCCUCACCCCCCUCCACUCCCCCGCUCACAACCCCUACUGCAGAGGCCACAGCCAACAACGCCUUCACUUUCUCUAGCCAGCACCUGAGUGAGCUGCUUCUGCCCCUGGCCCUGCACCUGCAGCAGCUGGAGAGCACCAAGGCUCAGGAGAUCUGGGACAACCGGGCACUCUGACAUGCUGUCUUCACACAGGGGCACUCGCAGCAUUUGUAUUCUUGAAUUUUUUUAAUUUUUUUUUCCCCCUCAGGAACUAACUUUUUUGAGGUUUGAGUGCUUCUGUCAGCAGGUCAAGCUGGACUUGAACUGUUCAGUUGUAGGCCUCUAGUCUGUAAGGUUUCGGAUGGGCCUUGUCUCAAUGUAAAAAUUUUAACUAUUGUACAUAAUCAAUGAUUUGAGUAAGUAAUGCUUGAUUGCAGCAUUGUGAUUAAACCAUUUUAAAACUA